AUGAAAGCUUUAGCUUUCAUUCUCUUCUGCCUCUUUAUUGCAGUAAGCGAAGGCAAGAAGUUUGACAAAUGUGAACUGGCCAAAUUGCUGAAACACAAUGAAAUGGAUGGAUACUUUGGUUAUAGCCUGGACCUCUAUAUGUGUAUGAUUUAUCAUGAGAGUGGCUAUGACACCAAAGCUGUGAAGAGACCAAACCAAGAUGGGACUGUCAACUAUGGGCUUUUUCAAAUCAACAGCCGCUUGUGGUGUUCUGACGGGAAGAACAAAUCAGCCAACAACUGCAAAAGUUCAUGCAAUGCUUUCAUUAAUGAUGACAUCAGAGAUGAUAUUAAAUGCCUUAAAAAGGUUAUUCGUCGCAAGAUGAGUCCCUGGUCACCUUGGAGGAAGAAAUGCAGACCAAACAAUGUUACAGGAUGGACUCGUGACUGCAAAUUGUGA